GUCGGUUUCACUUACUAAUUUUCUAACUCAUUUUCCCGGAAAGUUACAAAUGCAUAUUCCUUUUCCAGGUUUUCAAGUCACAGAAACAUAAGAGUCGAAGCAAAAAAAAAGGCUGGAGCUUUGGCUAUUUUAGGUUCCUCGAAACAUGAUAUUGACUUUCUGAGUAAGAUAAUUCUAAAGUGUGAGAAAAUGAUGGCUCUGAUGAAUUGUGCUUCUUCAUCUUUCUCUUCCUCUCCUACUUCAUCUUCUUCUUCUUCUUCUGCAUCUUCUUCUUCUUCUUCUUCUCCGAGGAACAGAGAGAGCAUGGUUCUGCAGAGUGUUGUUGAUGCGUCACUUCCCAGUUUCGCUUCCGACAGCAAACUUAUUUUACCACUUGAGAAGACUUUAAUAACCCAAAAAAAUCCCAAUCUCCGCCUGAUCCCAAAGUCUUCAGAAGAAUUGAAGAAGGAAAUUGCUUCAAUCGAGUCAGAGAUUCUUCAAAUGGAAAGAUAUUUAUUAUCUCUCUACAGAAAAUCAUUCGAACAGCAAAUUUCUUCCUUCUCUAAUCUCUCUGCAACAACAACUUUACCUCGCUCAGUGACUACUUCACCAUCAUCACUAACACUUUCAAACCACUUUUAUCAAGCUUACGAAAAACCAAUUUCGUAUCCUCGGAGUUUCCACACUAGUUUAAAAGCCUUAUCUUCAAGGGAAGGGGUUAGAGAAGUUUCUGGUAAUCAGAGUCUGGGAGAGCUUCUAGGAUCAUCUCAUUUAGUUGAUGAUCACAACCUUGUAAACCCGAAUAAACUCUCUGAAGAUAUCAUGAGAUGCAUUUCCUCUGUAUAUUGUACACUUUCAAGAAGCUCAACAAGAAAGAAUUCCGCUUAUUUCUCUGCUUCUCCGCUUUCUUCAGUAUCGAAUUCAUCAACCAUUUUCUCUUCCAAAUCCAAUUAUGAUGAUAAACGGAGCCUGCAUUUUGCUAGUGACGAUCAUUUGAUGAAUCACAGUCUAGAUCAAGGCAAUCUUUUGCCUUGUGGUGCUCUUGUAAUCGAGGCUCUUAAAGUACACUUGGAUGAUGGUAGUUUCAGUUACGCUGCUCUUAUGCUGCAAAACUUCAGAUCAUUGGUUCAAAGUCUUGAGAAAGUUGAUCCAAGUAGAAUGAAACGUGAAGAAAAGCUUGCGUUUUGGAUUAACAUUCACAAUGCUCUUGUGAUGCAUGCUUACUUAGCUUAUGGAACUCACAACCGCGCAAGAAACACUUCGGUUUUGAAGGCAGCUUAUGAUGUUGGAGGCUAUCGCAUAAACCCAUUCAUCAUCCAAAGCUCAAUUUUAGGAAUCAGACCUCAUUACUCAUCACCAUCACCUUUACUCCAGACGUUGUUUUCGCCUUCAAGAAAGUCGAGAACUUGCAGUGUUAGACACAUUUACGCAUUGGAGUAUCCCGAGGCUUUAGCUCAUUUCGCCAUUUCUUCAGGGGCAUUCACAGAUCCUACGGUUCGGGUCUACACCGCGGAUAGAAUCUUCCGGGAUCUAAGACAAGCGAAGAAAGAGUUUAUCAGAAGUAAUGUUCGUGUUCACAAAGGGACAAAGAUAUUGUUGCCAAAGAUUUUUCAGCAUUACGUUAAAGACAUGUCAAUGGAUUUGUCUAAGCUCAUGGAAUCAACAGCUGAGUGUUUACCGGAGAAUGCGAGGACGAUUGCUGAGAAAUGUCUGAAGGAGAAGAAGAUUAAGAAUUUUGAGUGGUUACCGGAAAAUUUGAGUUUCCGGUAUGUUAUCGCCGGAGAAUUGGUCGGAGGAAGAAAUAAGACGUGAUUGUUUAUUCAUACAAGUUUUGUUUUUGGCCUCAUAAUGUGAUUAAAUAAGUCAGUUACAAUUAGUGUUCAAGUUCAAGUUUUUGUUUUUUGAGACUCAUGUAGUAAAGCAAGAGUUUUUUUUUUCAGGCGAGAGAAAAUUGUAAAACUGUUUAUGCACUUUGCGUAAUCGUCUAAUACCAGA